AUUUACUUAACGUUCGCCACCUAUUUUGAUUUGAAGUAAUGCUAAGCUAAACAAACUAAGCAAAGUGAAUUAUUUAACUGUUAUGUGACAAAAAAGUAUUUAUUUACGCAAGAGUCAGUGAUUAAAAUUCAAGAUGUCUUUUGAACAAGAAGAAAAAAUUGCAAUUGCUGUCAUCGAUACAUCCGAAGAAAGGGAAAUUAGCAAUAACUCAAUAGAAGUAAUAAGGAAAUGCGCUCAACAGGAUGCGAUAAACACUUCAUGGGAUCGUAACAUUAUUUCAUCUCAUGAAAACAAAGACAAAACUUUUAAUAAGACACCUCCGUUUGUGAGCUUCAUGGGCACUGACAACCUCAAUAAUUCUAGUUCGGGGAAUUCGACCAGUAGUUCCACUCAAACGGAACCUUUUGUGACUCUGCCAGUUAACUGCAGCUUUGUUGACGUGAGCCUUUCCUUUAGCAAGGACUUCAACAUACAGGAAUCAACAUCAAAUGAGACUUCAGAACAGUCCGUACGAUCUAAACGUUAUAGACGGGACUCCAGUGAUGGAGAAAAUAAAGAAAUGCAGCCUUGGAAAAAGAAAUGUUCAGGUUCUUCUUCAUCAAGCACGUCUGAUCUGACUGAUCCUCAAGUAGAGCAGGGGCCAUCGUCUUGUUUGUCUAGUAAUUCUGACGCAUCGUUUAAAUCGAUUAACAGCAACCAUUCCUUUAAGGUUCGAAAAAGACGUUUGAAAUCUGAGUCAAAUUUGUUCAAAGACGCCCUUCACAGAUCACGCAGGGGUAAUAAUUUUAUAAAACAUAAUUUAUCGGAAAAUCCAUCACCAGGUGGGACGCCGCGAAAGGAGAGGAACCACCGCCGUAACAGCAAGCCCAAAGCUUGGAGAAUCGUCGACCUUUGUACGUGGAUCGGCAGAAAGGUAUAUCUUUUUCAGGGCUAUCAAUCAAUCACUGGUCUGUACUCCGACAUACUACGCGAGCCGAUAGCUCAACAGGAAAACAAUGAAAGUGCCGAAGAACUGCGGGAGUUGAGGAAAUUUUUAGAAGAGGUAGAUAAAAAGCAAGAGCGGCUGGCCCAGGAAAAUGAGACGUUGAAAGAAGGAAUGAAAAUAAUGAUGUCCAAAAUUGAACAACUCGAGGGUAAGCUCAGGAAGCACGAAACUACACCGAAGAAGCACCCUCCACCGCCACCGCCACCGCCGCCGCCGCCACCACCACCGCCACCGCCGCCUCCUGCCCCCGUGUCAAAAUUACCCGUCCGAUCUCAUACCAUACCCAGGUGUGGUUCUGCACCGCCUAGAAUAGUUGGGCAACGCCUCGCUAUUACACCACAAGAUAUUGCCAAUGUCAAACUGAGAAAGACAAAGGAUAAUCCAGUACGGGCAAAACCUGGUCCGAAACAAGGUCAGCAGCCGUUAGUGACUCAACAAAUGCUACAGUCAACGCGCGCAAAAUUAGGACGUGCUCGUCCCGUUGCUGCCUCAACCCCUAAGCAACAACUGUCAGAAUUAGAAAAAUGUUUGCUGCAAGAAUCGACAGUAACGUCACUAUAUCGGCGACGGGUAGCUCGGAACACAUUUCGAAGUGCGGAAGAACUUAGGCCCAGGCCGUAUCCAGCAGCACGGUGUUCAAGAUCUCCACUUUCUCCCCGAUCACCUCGAGCAAACUCCUUACCACGUGUAAAACCUAUGUCGCCUCUAAAAUUUCCUAAUGGAGUACUAAAUUAAAUAAUUAUUAAUCACAGGGGAGACAAUAUUUUCAAGAUUAGACUGAUUGAUGGUAAAUGGUUAAUGAGAAAUGUUGAAGUCAUGACAUGCGUACUUAAGACUUUAUGUAUGUAUCUAUCUCAAGAUUUGAAUUUAUUAUGCAUACCUACAUGAUUUAUUAUUAUUUGAUUGCAAAUAUUAUUAGUUCUUAUUGUAGAAAUCUACAAUUAUUGACAUUAUUUUUCUCUAUUUUUUUCACUUUGCAAGUCGUUAUAGAAUCGCAGGCGCAUUCCACGUUUACGGAGAUUUGUAGAAAAUACGAAUUGGUUUUAUAGUUUUGACUGAACAGAAUAGGAACAUAUAUUUGUUUGAAUUCCAAUUUUGGCUAGGUUAUCCAUUUGAAAAUUUUACUAAAUUAUUACUUAUGAAAAUACAUAGGUACGUUUGGCUUUGAAUCAUGACCUGCUAAAAAGUUUGUCUGUAUUACAAGUCUAUGUAAUUUAUUUAUUGUAUUUUAGACUAAAUUAUUAUUUUACUAUUCUGAGUUUUGUACAUAAGACGUAACGGCUCACAAACCAGACAACAGCGCAUCGUUUGCGUUUUCGCAGCCAAACUGUAUUUUGGUGAAUAUUAUGUUGAUAUUAAAAUUAUUAAGUGAUCAUAUUUAUACAAUGUUGUAUGACUCGAGAAGUUGCAAUGCUUUUAUUGAAUUAAAAUAAUAUUUUAAUUA